UUUUAAUUUUAUUUUGGCUGAAAAUGACCAAUCAAGAGGAUAAAAAUGAUGCUGAGGAAGAGCCGAUACGUGUAAAUAAAUGGGACGGUGCUAAUGUGAAGAAUACAUUGGAUGACACUGUGAAGAAGAUAAUUAAUGACAACUAUGGUUGGACUGAAUGCCACUCGUUGGCCAACGGACGUUUGGCUCUCUCAUUUCUGGCAGUGGCUUUUGCCGGUUUCGCUCUCGUCUACGACUACUUCCGUCCUUUCCCCGCAUCUAAAUCUGUUCUUGCCUUGUGUUCAAUUAGUUAUUUUGUUAUGAUUUUUAUAUUGCAAAUUUAUCAGUGGUAUGUGGAGAAGUUAACUUUUUACCAAGCGAUGGAGUCAAGUAAAGAUGAAAAAAGCCCGCCCAGUUACUGGAAAUGGUCUUCUGACAUGAAGCGGUCUGGAACAAUGAAGGUGGUCAAAUCAAUUGCCGCUUACAUUAGCGAGGAUGGGGAAGUUCUUUUACCCUUGGUGAAGAAAGAGGUGGACCAGUUACGAAACAAUCUUCUCAAGUCAGACAAGGCGGAAUAA